GUGAUAGGCGUGACCUGAGGCGCACAGAAAGCUUCAGCACUGCUCUUCUGCUGUCAUCCUACACACACACUACUCUCUCCAGCACUGCGUGCGCGCACGGACGGAUGACGGUCCGGUCCUCAGACAGACAGACAGAGUCAGCUCAGACCUCAGCGAGUCUCCAGUUCACUGGCCCCGUGUGAAGCGCAUUAUGCGUCUCCUCAGCUCUCCUCGAAACAUCUCGAGGCAGUAGAUCUCUCGCUCGCUCGCGCGUGCAUGUGCUCGUCCCUCCGACUCCUCCAGCAGACGCGACCAUGGCUGAAGAGGACCGCGCGAUCAGACGAGUUUCAGACUCAAACACGGACAGCGCGAACUUCAGCGUGCUGAGCUGGGAGCAGGUCCAGCGGCUGGACCUCAUCCUGACCGAGAGCAUCCCGAUCCACGGCCGAGGAAACUUCCCGACGCUGCAGAUGAAGCCCCGGCGGAUCGUGACGGCGGUGCGGAGCCGCAUGCGGGAGCAGCGCAUCCAUGUGCGGGACGUGCGUCUCAACGGAUCCGCCGCCAGUCACGUCCUGCACGGGGACAGCGGGCUCGGCUAUAAGGACCUGGACCUCAUAUUCCGCGUGGACCUGAAGGGAGAGACGGAGUUCCAGAUCGUCAAGAACAUCGUGCUGGACUGUCUGCUGGACUUCUUACCUGAUGGGGUCAAUAAAGAGAAAAUCACCCCACUGACCCUGAAGGAAGCAUAUGUGCAGAAGAUGGUGAAAGUGUGCAAUGACUCGGACCGCUGGAGUCUCAUCUCUCUCUCCAACAACCGGGGCAAAAACGUGGAGCUCAAGUUCGUGGACUCCUUGCGCCGGCAGUUCGAGUUUAGCGUCGAUUCUUUCCAGAUUAAGCUGGACUCUCUGCUGCUUUUCUACGAGUGCUCAGAGAACCCCAUGGCCAAAACGUUUCACCCCACCAUCAUCGGCGAGAGCGUGUACGGAGACUUCGCCACGGCGCUGGACCACUUGCGCAACAAGGUGAUCUGCACGAGGAACCCAGAGGAGAUCCGAGGAGGCGGCCUCCUGAAAUACUGCCAUCUUCUGGUCAGGGGUUUCCGAGCCGCCUCCGAGUCGGAGAUGAAGUCUCUCCAGCGCUACAUGUGCUCCCGCUUCUUCAUCGACUUCUCGGACAUCAGCGAACAGCAGCGCAAGCUGGAGUCUUAUCUCCAGAACCACUUUGUGGGCUUGGAGGACCGCAAGUACGAUUAUCUGACGACGCUGCACGGGGUGGUGAACGAGAGCACGGUGUGUCUGAUGGGACACGAGCGGAGGCAGGCCCUUGGGCUGAUCGCCAUGCUAGCGGUGCGCGUGUUGGCCGAGCAGAACGUCAUACCCAACGUGGCCAACGUCACUUGCUAUUACCAGCCUGCUCCUUAUGUAGCAGAUGGUAACUUUAGCAAUUAUUACAUUGCCCAAGUCCAGCCAGUCUUUACCUGCCAUCAGCAAACCUACUCCACAUGGCUACCGUGCAACUGAACGCCAAUAAGAUGAGCUGAAUCAUUGCAUUGUUGAAUUUGUUUCACAAUUGACCCUGAGUGUGACUGUCCACUUCCCCAAUGUGCAACUCUGCUUGAGUGAAAUGAAUGGGGUUUGUCUGUUUUCUCAAAUGAGUUUGGAAGGCAACUUCUGCACUGCCUGGCCUAAUUCUCGACUGAUCGUGAGGUUUUACACUUACUUAUCAUUCUCAAGUGUGUUUCUGACUGGUUGACAUGUUGAAUCCCAGUCAUUAGAUGCAUGAGAAGGGAAGUGCAAGGUUUAGGAAAGCUGCAGUUGCACCCUUUAGUCCAAAUGGAAACCAGUGUAUCGCUAAGAACCUUUUACGAAGACUCCCUGAGUGAGGGGAAAAGUCAAAAUCUACAACCCUUACAGUUUGUAAAAACCAAAGAUAUUUAGAUAGAUUUUUUUAUAUAUAUAUAUCCAGACUAUCAGCUGAUGUGAUAGUGCUGUCUAUAUUUGUACAUGUGAAUGCAUUCGAAGUGCCUAACAUCAAUGCAGUACACUGAGGUGAGCAAAGCAACCUCAAAAUCACGAAACACGACAAAGGGAAUUUAAAGCUUGUGAAUGUACAUGAUGUGUGCUGAUUUACAACCAAUGUAAGUGUCACGUCUGCUUGCAGUUCAGUCUCUGUCUAUUAAUUGAACACUUAAUUUAUUGUUUCUGAGCAGAAUCCACAGCUUUGAGAAGCCAUCUUUUAGUUAGGUUGACUUUUGCACAGGCUUUCCAGCAGACCACAUGAUCCAGGUGAGAGUUGAGGGCACAUGCGUGUCAGCAUACGGCCCACAAACUAAGAAAAGACCUGUUUUGCGGGCGAGAACAAAGACUUUCUAGAUGAAAGGUAUUUGCAGAAACCUCUGAUGGUGGGACGCUGUUUGCUGUAACAUCCAAGCAGGGAAUUCAUCAGCUCCUGCUGAAGUAAAAGCCGAUGUGUUCCUGCGCUCCGCCGGCUGAACCUGACCCCGCGUUCACCCAAGUGUCAACAGAGUGUUAACCUGUUCUUGAUUAAUAGCCCUGCGGAAGGAAGCAGGAGGGCCCAUGGCAUAUAUGUUUAGCCUUGACAAAGAGACUUGAGAGGAGAGGGAAGAGGAAAGCGAGACGCAGACGAGAGCGAGGGAAAGAGGGAGGGCUGGAGAGAUGGGUGCAGCUGGUGAAGGGGUUUAUCUACUUCUACAAAUGUCUUUUAAUCAGUACAGCUUAUUUCAUUACUUGGGCAAUUUGGCUGAACAGACACAAGGUUUUUAUAGGACAGAGAAGCACAGAUCAGUUUGCUUUACUGGAAUGCAAACUUUGCAGAUGAGUUUCCAGUAUUGCUCAUAUCACAGCAUGCAACUGAAGGUGCACUCAGCUGUAGACAGUCGGGGAUUAUGAAGAUUAAAUAAGCAGAAAUAAGAUUGCAUUUGCAAAGCAUGAAUGAGAUUUUAAGGGGGUCAUAUCAUACUUUUUUUUGACAUCAACUCUUUCUGAUCUUUAGAUGUUAAGGACCUCUAAAGAGUUUGGGUUUGCUGUCAGGUCCAAUAAAAAUUUAACAGCCCGAUUAUUUUAAUGACAUACUUUUUGUGAGUUUGAGGACUUCAUUGAUGUGUAAAUAAUGUUUCUUCUGUGUGCUUUCAGAAAGUCGUGGAUGUUUAGUUUAAAUAAAUGUUAUUUUUGGACUGGGAAGCAGGUCUGGAUUUCUAAAAGUUUACGUUUGUUUAUAUAGUGCAGGAAUUCCCAAACAUAUUUGUCAGCCAAACUCCUUUUACCUAAAAUAUUUACUUGAAGUAAAUUUCUGAGAUUUUAAGGAUAUAUUUUUAAAUGAUUACAAUAAUAAUAAUAAAACAUUUGCAUGUUCACGGUUCUCAGUUAUGCGUUUCGUUAAAUGCAGGUAAACAAACAAAUCUUUUUUUGAAGUGCUUUAUUUUUAUUUGAACAAAAAUAGAUGAAUGGCAUACAUUGCUAUAGCUUGUGAAUAAUAUUUAAAUGCAGCAUUUCAGUCAUGUGACCUCGAUCAGGCAUUGUUUUCCAUAAAUCAAGCUUGCAUGACUGAAUAGUUAUAUUAAAAUAUGAUUAACAAGCUAUAGCACUGUGUGAGAUUCAUAUUUGCUUAAUUGUAUUCCUAAACUUCCAAAAUUGUAUGACUUACUAGUUAAUAAUUUAUUUUGAUUCAGCAAUUUAAUGAGUUAGUUUUUUUUAGCUUCUCACAAACCCAAUUUUUGGAAAUCCUGAGAUAGUACAUCAAAAUGUGUUAUCUAAAAAAAUAAAGCAGAAGGUGACUCUUCAUAAUAUGACCCCUUUAAAAACAUCAGUGGAUACAAUUCUAAUAAAUACAUUACUGCUAUAAGACAUGGUUGUUGAAGUGAUUGACAUCAAGCAGAAUUUGCAGUAACGUUAGUUUUUUACCCAUGUGAUUCUGUACUGAUCAUGAUGUUCUCACAGGUCUCCUUUCUUUCAGUAUUUUAUAUGUCUGUGGUUCUCACUCACACUCUAGUUUGUCUUAACAUUUUGACGGUAUCCUGUGGAUUUUUUGGCAGCGUGAUGUGACUCGCUCUGUGAAGUCUGAGCUCCUAUCUUGGUAUUUUUCGAAUGAUGCCAAACACUUAAUGUUCAAAUAUCUUGUAAAAACAUAUUUUUAGGACAAACACACAUUAUGCUUGCUUUUCUUAUUGUAUUAGUGAAUUUAAUUGUCAUUCAGCAUUCUCGUUCGUUGUUCAAGCUGCUACAUGUCGUUAUUUUCUUUUUUAGCUGCUGCUUUUGUGCAUAAAUUUGUGUUCAGUUGAACAAAGAAUUGACAUGUUGUCCUCAAUAAAAAAAGGGAAAAUAAGAAAAAGAAAGAAAUGUACUGAAUGCAGAAUGUCUUUAUUUUCUGAACACCUCUCUGCCUUUGGACCCAGUUUCCAGCACAGAACAUUAGAGAGUUUGAUCAAAGAGUCAAGAGAGGAGAAAUGUGUGGGACUUGCAUGGACCAAAAAAACUAAGCCACU